AUGUCGACUGAAUUGCCGUUGCCGGUGCUGGAGGAUUAUUUUGUGUCCGCAGCUAAUGCCUUCCUGCCAGAUGAAUUCCCAGUGAAAGAAUUGCAAGAUGAAUACUAUCGACCUUGGGAAACGAUUGUGAGUAAUCUACCGGCGCUAUUGUUGGCGCGACAGCUGCGGGAUGUGGUGGACCAGCUGAAGGUGCUGGAGGUGAAGAAGGAGCUGUUCGAGGAUAUGCGGCAGCUUCGGCGCGCAUAUUCGGUGUUGGGCUUCAUCGCCAAUGCGUAUGUGUGGGGCUACGACGAUGCGUGCGACACGAUUCCGGAGAGUGUGGCGGCGCCGCUGCUCAAGGUGAGCGAGGCCCUUGGGCUGCCGCCGCUGGCGACGUAUGCGGGGCUGGUGCUGUGGAAUUUCUGUCCGAUCUUUGAGGAUGAGGCGCUGGCUGGGGGCUCCGUGUGGGACCUGUCGAACCUGCGGACGAUCAACACAUUCACGGGUUCGAUGGACGAAAGCUGGUUCUACCUGAUCUCUGUAUUUUUUGAAAAGCGUGGCGCACAGAGCAUGAACGAUGGGCUCAACGCCAUCCGCGCGGUCAGGUCAGGGGACCGUGCGGGUGUGGUUGCCCAUCUGCAGGCACUGGCGGAGGGGAUAGAUUCGCUAGGGGCGCUACUGGGGCGUAUGGAGGAGAUGUGUGAUCCAUAUGUAUUCUACUAUCGCAUCAGGCCAUAUCUUGCGGGCUGGAAGAACAUGGCAGAUCUCGGUCUACCGAAUGGGGUCAGGUACGGUGAUCGUGGCGAAUAUCGAACCUAUGUCGGCGGGUCAAAUGCGCAGAGCUCCUUGAUCCAGAUGCUCGAUAUACUGCUCGGAGUGGAACAUUUUCAGACGGGCGUCAGUAAAACAGCGGGAAGGAGUAUUUCAGCGGGAAGUAAUGGAAACGGUUAUAUUAACGAUAUGAGAAACUACAUGCCUGAAGGGCAUCGGCUAUUUCUGGCACACCUCCAGCAGGUGGCCAACAUUAGAGACUACGUGUUGUCGCAUAAUUUUGACGCAGAGCUGGUCCUUGCCUACGAUGCAUGUGUCUCGAUGAUGAAAAGCUUCCGCGACAGGCAUAUCCAGCUUGUGACUCGUUAUAUCGUCCUGCAGGCUAAGAAAAAAGAGCCAUCUACCAAGCCGCACGCGACGCUCAGGAGCGGGCUGUCUAAGCACUCUGGCACUAUGGAGCAACGUGGGACUGGCGGUACCUCGUUGAUUCCGUUCCUCAAACAGUGCCGAGAUGAAACGGGCAGUGCCGCGGCCAGCGCAUGGGGCAAGCGUAUUUUAUACCAUGGUGUGCUGCGAGUGAAGGAUAACUCCAUACUCGAUCUGCCAAAGAAGGGAGUCCCUGUCGUUGCUUCGCGUUCAGAUGAGCUUGUGAAUAGUUAUUCGGAGCAGGAAAAUCAUCUUCCAGGUCAUUGGUAA